AUGGGUUAUUCAAGUGUUUUAUCAUCUAUUUUCUUUCUUCUUUUUCUUCUUAUAGUCUCCAAUAAUGAAAAACCUCGAGUCCCUGCAUUGUUCAUCUUUGGAGACUCUAUUCUUGAUGUUGGGAAUAACAAUUAUCUACCAACUUUGGUUAAAGCAAACUUUGUUCCUUAUGGAAGAGAUUUUGAAAAUCACUUUCCAACCGGAAGAUUUUCCAAUGGAAAACUUAUUAGUGACUUCGCAUCUGAAAUUCUCGGAUUUAUCUCCUAUCAACCUGCAUAUCUCAGUUUAUAUAGCAAAGGAAAGAACAUCUUGAAUGGGGCCAACUUUGCCUCAGCUGGUUCUGGUUAUCUUGACUCUACUGCCAAAUUAUACCAUUCGCUGUCAUUGAGCCAACAACUGGAACACUAUAAGGAGUAUCAAAAGGAAUUAAUGAAAAUUGCAGGGAGAUCAGAUGCAUUAUCUAUUAUACAUGGUGCUUUAUAUAUUGUUGGGUUUGGAAGUGGUGAUAUUUUAUUGAAUUAUUACAUAAAUCCAUUGCUUCGCCUAGUUUAUACUCCUGAUCAAUUCACAGACAUUCUUGUACAAAAUUAUGCGGAUUUCAUCCAGAAUUUAUAUGCACAAGGAGCAAGAAAAAUUGGUGUGAUUUCAGUAGGUGCGAUAGGUUGCUUGCCUGCAGCCAUUACUGUGUUUAAAUCUGCCUAUAGCAAUAAAUGUGUAGUGGAAUUGAACAAUAUUGCUCUUAGCUGUAAUCAAAAGCUCAACUCCACAUCCAUGAACUUGAGAAAAAUGCUUCCUGAUCUCAAUUUGGCGUUGCUUGAUAGCUAUCAACCUGUCUAUAACCUAGUCACUAAACCCUUGGAGUAUGGAUUUUCUGAAACAAGAAAGGGUUGUUUUGGGACGAGCUUCCUAGACAAAACUUUUACAUCAUCAUAUAAUAAUAAAAAGACUUUUGUAAGAUUAUGUCCUAAUGCAUCUAAAUAUGUAUUUUGGGAUGGUCUUCAUCACACUGAGACCGCAAAUAAGUUUAUCACCUCUGAGUUGAUUUCUGACAGCAUCUCCCUUAUAACCUAA